CUCCGGCUCCAACCUGCCUGGGGUGUCCGCGGACGAUUGCUUCUUCCAGUUGACGACUGUAUAUAAAUACUCCUUCCACCCGGGAUGGGCACGUCCAAUUGUGUGCAGGUCGCCGUCCAAGCAAGAUGGGUACACAACCACCAGGGCCGUUUCUUUGUUUUAUCUUGCUGCUGAGUGUACUGCCAUUGCUUCCUACUACGGAAGCCCAAGGUACCGGCAGCCGGCCCGCUCGCAUAGUAUGUUACUUCAGCAAUUGGGCUAUAUAUCGGCCCGACGUCGGACGGUACACGAUAGACGACAUCCCAGGCGAGAUGUGCACCCACAUUAUCUAUUCGUUCAUCGGUGUGGACGACAGUAAUUAUAAGGUGCUGGUCAUCGAUCCGGAGGUGGAUUUGAUUCAGAAUGGGUUCAGGAACUUUACAGCGUUGAAAACGAAAUACCCGAACGCUAGAAUGAUGAUUGCAGUCGGUGGGUGGGCCGAGGGUGGUAAGAAAUAUUCGCAGAUGGUCGCGGUUAAGCAAAGACGAGACUCCUUCAUUGAAAGCGUGGUUCAGUUCAUGAAGGCAUACGAUUUCGAAGGUUUUGACCUGGACUGGGAGUAUCCGGGUGCAGCUGACCGUGGCGGUAGCUUUGGAGAUAAGGACAAGUUUUAUUAUUUUGUGGAGGAACUGCGAAGAGCGUUCGACCGAGAAGCUCGAGGAUGGGAGAUAACGAUGGCUGUACCGGUGGCGAAUUUCCGGCUGCAGGAAGGUUAUCAUAUUCCGGAAUUGUGCGAAAAUUUGGACGCCAUCCAUUGCAUGACGUAUGAUCUGAGGGGUAAUUGGGCCGGAUUCGCCGAUGUGCACAGCCCGUUGUACAAACGACCGCAUGAUCAGUGGGCUUACGAGAAACUAAAUGUUAACGAUGGAGUUCAGUUGUGGGUCAACUAUGGUUGUCCUCCAAAUAAACUGGUAAUUGGUGUUCCAUUCUACGGAAGGACUUACACUCUUAGCGCUAGUACGACCAAUCCCACUCUCGGGUCAUACAUCAACAAGGAAGCCGGUGGAGGUAGUCCAGGGCCGUAUACUAACGCAACAGGUUUCCUGGCAUAUUAUGAGAUUUGUACUGAAGUUCAAGAUGACGAGAAAGGUUGGACCAAAAAAUGGGACGAGGUAGGGCUUUGUCCGUACACCUACAAAGGUACGCAGUUUGUUGGCUACGAGGAUGUCGAAUCCCUACAGCACAAGAUGAAAUGGAUAAAGGAGAAGGGGUAUGCAGGUGCAAUGACCUGGGCAAUCGAUAUGGAUGACUUCCACGGUUUGUGUGGACCAGAAAACGCUUUGAUGAAGGUGCUCUACGACAACAUGAAAGACUAUGAAGUGCCCGAACCUACCAUUACCACAACACCAAGACCCGAAUGGAACCGACCCCCGUCAACGCAGUCAAGUGCCGGGGAAGGCCCACUGACGGCAGGUCCAACCAGCACAUCGACGACUCGUCGUCCGAAACCAACCACAACUGCCGCUCCUCCCAAACGUACCACUACCAAGACAACGACGCGAAGAACUACCACAACUGCUGCUCCAGUAACGGAAGAGGAAGACAGGGAACCCGAGCCCGUACCAGUUCCCGCGCCUCCAGCGGUGGAUAACGAGAACGCUGAAAGCAUUGAUUGUUCCGAUGACAAGGAUUUUGUGCCAUCGGCAGAUUGUACCAAGUAUUAUCGGUGCGUCCAUGGGCAACCGGUUGAGUUUACCUGCAAGCCCGAAACCGUGUUCCAUACGGUGCUGAACGUUUGCGACUGGACCGAAAAUGCGGAUCGGGUUGAGUGCAGGGGAGAAGCGAAGACUGUUAAGGAUUUUGUGUUAAAGAAUUUGGAUGACGAGACAAGCGAAAAAGCUGAAAAAUCGGAAAUAAACGAGUGAUGCGGUUAGAGCUAGAGAAAUUAAGAUCAAAAUAUAUAUGUUACCUUACUAAGUGAA